ACAGAAUUUAGAUAGAAUACUCAUGCUGCUGUUGCCUGUUGCUGAGUGGAAGACAGCAAGAAGUACUGGAUUCAAACUUCUAUUGGGUUUUUGUUUUGCUUGUUUUGUUUCUUAUCUUUUUGCCUUAAGAAGAUGAACAAUGAAACCACAACCCUGAUAUCCUUAAAGGAGGCAAUGAAAAGAGUAGACCACAAACUCCAAGCUUUAGAAGCGCAGUUUAAAGAAUUGGAUUUCAGCAAGGAUAAUCUGACACAGAAAUUUGAACAGCAUAGCAAGACUUUGGCAAGCCAGAUAGCUCAAGAUGAGCUGUGGACAGCAGUUCUGGCACUCGGGUUCACUUCAACGGAAUUGAGUAUAUUAUAUAGCUACGUCAUUGAAGUACUCAUCUGCUUGCACACCCGUGUGCUUGAGAAGCUGCCAGACCUGAUGAGAGGUCUUCCCACCUUAGCCUCUGUCCUUAGACGAAAAGUCAAGAACAAGCACAUUAGAGUUGUAUGGGAGUCUGUCCUGGAGGAGUAUGGGCUGCAAGAAGGAGAUAUCACAGCACUUUGUACCUUCUUUAUUGCACAUGGUAACAAGGCAGAACACUACAUUGCUAAAGUGAGGCAGAUGUACAUCAGGGAUAUCACUUUCUUGAUCACUAACAUGGUAAAGCACCAGGCUCUGCAGGAUGGUUUGCUGAGGGCAGUUCAGGUCAUUGAGAAGGGGAAAGCAGUAAAGGCCCCAGAAGAGCAAAAGUCAUCCCUAAAAGAGAUGAUACCAUCAGUCAAAAAUUAACCUGUUCCCCUGGGACCCAGAGAUUCCACUUCUAGUAGUUUAUCUUGCAAAUGGGAAACAAUAUGUAUGUAUAAUUUAUUGCAGUUUUAUUGUUUUUAGCAAAAGUGAGGGGCAUUUUAAACAAAUUAUGAUAAUACAAUAGAUGUACUCUGUGUAGCAAUAUAAGAGAAUGAAGACACUCUUUGUAUAACUAUACAAUGAAAUACAGUUACCACCAAAAUGUG